AACUUGGGGACAAGAAUGUUCUAAUGCUUUCAAUGUUCUCUUAGCUCUUUUGGUUUUGAAAUUAGGAUAACAUCAUACGACCCAAUAGUUUCUGCCUUUUCAGGCACUACAAAUAUCGUUAGUAAAAAUUGUUGUGUGUGUUUAGAUUCUCGAAUAUCUGCUGCCAAACACAAACUAAAAUUUGAAUAUGGGGAUUCCGAGGGGUGCUUUUAAUAGCAAGAGGAGCAUGCUGAUUACUUUGUUAUUUUUUACGUCUGUAACAGCUUGGGGUCUGACAGGAGAAGCAGAAAAGGUAUCAGUGGAAGUUUACUAUGAGUCCCUAUGCCCUGACAGUGCAAGUUUCAUAGUUAAUUAUCUCGAUAAAUUAUUUACAGAUAGGCUUAUCGAUAUUGUUGACUUGAGACUUAUCCCUUACGGAAAUGCAAGGAUUGGCUCCAAUGAAACUAUCAAUUGCCAGCAUGGUCCAUACGAGUGCGUGCUCAAUACUAUUGAAGCAUGUGCAAUAGAUGCAUGGCCUAAUUUGAACCAGCAUUUUCCAUUCGUUUCCUGCAUUGAAAGCUUUGUGUGGGCACAUGAAGCAACCAAGUGGAAAACAUGUUUUGAAAAGACUGGGUUGGAUUCGAAGGUUAUCAUGGGUUGUUAUGAAAGUGGAUAUGGCAAAAAGCUGGAGUUACAAUAUGCAGCAGAGACAAACAGUCUAAAACCACCACAUCAAUAUGUGCCAUGGGUUGUUUUGAAUGGUCAGCCACUCUAUGAGAAUUAUGAGAAUGUAGAAGAAUACAUAUGCAAAGCAUACAAGGGAACUCUGCCUCAGGCUUGUGGAAAUCUCUUGAAAAGCCUGUCUUCUGCAAAUGCAGAAGGAAAGGGGGAUGGUAAUAGGUACUGCAUGAAGGAUACUCUAAUCCUCAAUCUCAUGGAGGGCAGAAAUCAAGCAAAGCAGUGGAAACCUUAGAAAAUGCGGAGGAGUCUCCUUAAUCUUAUGAAUGCUGUACAGGAGUAAACUUAGGCAAUCUGAAGGACAAUCGAUAUUUUGAGGGCAAGGGACCAUAAGCAAUUUGAAUGACAUAGCCCAGGAUAAGAAAAUUUUAGCAUUAGAACAGCUGAUGACGCCUUGAGGAAAGCAAAUGACAAUGUGAAGGAGAAAGGCAGCAAGUCUGUAUAAGAGGCACAAUAAGCCUUGAGACCUUCAAAAGAGGCUGCAAUGCAUAUGCUAAGCAUUAAAAAGUUGUGGCCUGUAAACUUCCAGCAAAUUUUCUGACAUAUUUUUAUAUUGAAAAACCAAAGUCCCUCUUCUACUAGAAGAAUUUAGCAUACAUAAAAAUUUUACAAAGAAAUUAUUUAUGCUAUUAUUGAAUAAUUUGUAAAUUAAGGUACAUAAGGAGAGAAUAAGUCUGGCAUAUUCUAUUUGCAAACAAGGGUUUCAAGCCUGCAAGUGCAGCAAUCUAGCAGGGGAAUUAUGAAGCCCACAAGCACUCUAUCCCAGUGAGGGUUUGAAACCAGACGGCUGUUGGGAAAGCACCACUCCAAUAUACCAUUAUACUAUGCCAGAAUGUCAUAUUUUGUUAAUGUUAAAGUGCCAGUACAAAAUUAAAUAAAUUUCUCAAUGGAGUAAAGAUUACUUAUCAAAUCAAUUGCAGAACCUUGUAUUGAAUUUCAAGUUUCAGUUCC